CCCGAUCUCUAGAAGCUCGGCCCAUAUUGUUUCGCUGGCUCAUCGUGCAUCAGGAAUUCAGGAUUCAGGGAGGAGGUUUGAGAGGCGCCGUCGUCUAGUCCGUUCCCAAAUCGCCGCCGAGCUUCCAGUUUCCGGUCGCCUCUCAACGCGGAGGAAGGAAUGGAGAAGUAUCAGAGAAACACUCGAUUUGCACCCUUGAGAGACGCUCCAUUUGCUCUACGUGGUGCCCUUGGUAGCGCAAACUCAUCUUUCAACAGCAUGGAUGGCCUUGGACUCUCCUCAAGCCUUGGGCAAGCAAGGGGCUACAGAUCUUCCCCGUUAGGAGCUCUGCAACCGAAGAUUUCUCAAUCUGGAAGCCGAUCCCUUCACACAAGCCGUCCCCUGGCGGCUCCUGUUGCCAACCGUCCAUUGUCCCCCCAUCUUCCUCUGAAGAAGCCACAGCUGAGCGCAACGUUCUCCAUCUCACACCGUAUAUUUGGUGUUGCACUGGGUGCUGCCAUCAUAUCCAUUCCUCUUGCUACCAAGUUCAGCCUCAUGUUUGAUGUCUGAGUAAAAUGCAUCCUGCAAUUAUGAGAAGUGGCAUUGUCGUGGCUGUUUCGUCGUUUGGACGCAAGUUGUAAUAACGUCACCAUUCCUGGCAGUUCUUUAUGAAUAAAUAACAAGUGAAACUAUCUGAUGAAAAGUGUAAAAAGACAUAGUUUUGAAUGUCCUUUGUAGCAAGGUCUGCAAAAUUGAAGUCGAAUUUCUUCUUUGGCUUCAUUUUCUUCCUUACUCAUGCAGUACACGCAAGUGUUGAUAA